GUACCAGGUUAGAUUUAAAGUCACUAGUUGAGCUUGGAUGAAGAGGCGGAAUGUGACCUAAUCACUGAUCUUAGGUGAUGCAAAUAAUGCUGGUUCACCAUGCGUUUCCCAGCAUGCGACUCUUUGUAGCAGGAUGUUUUUAAACCGUAAUGUUUUGGAACCUUGACCACCGGAGUUGAGCUUGUUAGCAAAGUUCAGCAAAGCUACAGGAGUUAGGAUCUACCAUGAAGUCAUGAAGGAGUUUUUGCGGAAGAUACACAGCAUCUUUUUGCAGAUCGCUCUGUUUCCGAGCAGAUUUGGUAAAACAGGUCCACAGCCAGCAGCUUCAGAGGUUUUGACCUGCCACCUGCAGCAGCGCAGACUCCCACCCUGGACUUCGUUCUGCGUGCGCUACAGCUCCAUCCACAACGACCAGUUUGGCCUGUCCAACUUCAACUGGAGAGUUCAGGGAUCCAAUUACCACAUAUUGCGAACCGGCUGCUUUCCUUUUGUGAAAUAUCAUUGCACCAAAGCACCUCCAGAAAACCUGGAUUUUGAAGACAGGUUUUUUACUAUGCUGAAAGUUAUUAAUCUAGGUAUCCCUUGUUUGGCCUAUGGCAUGGGCUGCUGGAUGGUGAUAGGAGCUGCAGAAACAGUGCAGACGAGUGUUGGACCUGUCACCAUCUAUUUUGCCUACAAAGAAGAAGAAGGUGCACAGUACUAAAAGUGGAGACUGCUUUAGUGUUUUAAAAAUACUAAUGUCUACCAGACUGCUGGAUUUACUCCUCCUGGUAAUGUUCUGCUGUACCUGGAAGUGACAUCACUCUGUCUGGCACUGGUGGUCUUGCCUGACUGCACAUGUUGUUUUAUGGUGAAUUAUUAAAUAUUUACUGAUAAACUGAAGGAAUAAUAAAUUCAAUUACUCAUCAUACAUACAGUAUAUGCAGCAGUUUAAGUGGAAAUUUAUUGUCAAAAUAAAAUAUUAGUAUAGUAGCUCAAAGUAUAUAAAGUAAUUGAAAUGAUUAUUAAUUGUUUACCUGUGCCCCCUCUUAAUUUUUUUCUUACUAAGAUUAAGGUAUUUGCCAAAAGCAGGUGAAAAAAAUUGCUAGAUAUGUAAAUCUGUACACCAAAAGCUGUAGUUGCAGUGAAAGAUGGUUCCACAAAGUAGAACUGAACACAUGCACACUACACUUUUUAUUUGUAAAGGGAAAAAAUACAUUUCUCCCACUUCACAAUUCUUCACUAGUUUGUGUUUUAUUACAUAAAAUGUCCCCCAAACUGUGAAAAAACUAAGGAGUACUUCAGUACUUCCCUGUAAAACUGACUAAAAGUCAGUUGAAGUAAUGUUUAUUUAUUGCCAAAGUAUGCUAACUGCAUAAGUAUACACAGCAAUAUAAAUGUGGUUUGAAAUCAUGGGUUUUCUGUGAUCUGUAUAGAAAAAAACAUAUUUAUGUCAGCUCCCUAAAAUAUGUAAAUAGAUACAGAAAAUGGUUCAGUUAGUGCCUAAUCAUAUAGUCAUUGUCUACUCUAUAUGAUGAUGUGUUGUAUUUUGCUUGGAAAAAAAACAAGAAUCCCUAAAAGUCCAGAACAUUUAUUUAAAGUUGAAUUAGUGGUCAUCCCACACACAACAGAUAGUCAAUAGUGUUAGAGAAAAAUCAGUGACAGGACAGCUCUGAUAAAAUAGGUUUUAAUUACCAAAAUGUGUCCUUUGUCGGAAGCCGUGUACAUCCCUUCCUUCGGGCCUUCACUGGCCUUUGAUUUCUGGUAAUGUGCUUUGCUGACAGCGCAGGCUUAGCCGCUCUUCAGACUCCUGCGCCCUCUGAGAGGCAGGCUGACAAACUGCCGUAUUGAUUUCUCCCCUCAGCGUCUCCUGUUCCCAGUGUUUAUCAGCGACCUCAAUUUUCAGGCCUUGGCCUCUUCAUUUUUAACGCAAUGAAAAUGAACGAAUAAUUUCUUGUUGUACAUGGAAAUCAAUGCACCUUUUGACCUCUGUGCACACGAAGGCUGCGACAUGUCAAGCCAUUCGUCCUGUUCUAGAGUGACCUGUUUUAUGAAAGUUCCUCAUUAUGCAUAUUUUUUUUCUUUUUCUGUUUUACCAAACCGGAACCAUUACCGCCUCCAUAACAAGCAAGUAGUAACAUUAGAAAACAUUUUGUUUAACAAGGAGACAAAAUGUGUAUACACUGAAAGAAAAAAUGUAACCUUGGUUGUAUGCAAAUGUUUUGAAUCUCACGCAAUAUGCAUGCACAAAAUCCUCUUCAACAGCAUGAUGACACCAGACUAUCACUUUAAUCAAACUAAUUGCCCUGAACAAGGAACAUUUAGACACACUUACAGAAAUCUGAUCCUUGGUAUCAGGCUGCACUUAAAUCCUCCUCCUUUCAUUGGCAGCCUUUCAUCAGGACUGAAAGUGUGCAUGGGGAAUGCUCAGGCAACCAUGUCUUAAUUACUCAUUGACCCUUUGACCCAAAGUGCUGCAUUGAUACCACGUCGCAGCCCGGCACGACUGCGCGGGGUUGCAGCCGUCUUGCAGCUUUUGUGUGCAGCCUUUACAGGAUGACGUGAAAUCCAAACUGCGGAGCACGAAUGCCUUGUAUUUGUUUUCAGGGCUUCACCUUUGAGUCACUCUAAACUGCAGGGGAGGUCUCCCCUUCAGGUGGGACAGAAGCUUAGCAUUACAUAUUAAACCUUAGUCACCACCACCAUGGGUAUUGGUUAUCUGAACUUCAAAUGGUCUUCUGUAACUUAACAAAACGUGGCUUGCACUUAAGGCGAGAUUGAUGCUUUUUAAUAGUCUGGUCCCAUAUUGAAGUGUCUAAAUUACCCAACAGGCAUCUAAAGUGGUAAUGAGCAAACAAUUAAUGCCAGUUUGGCACGUUUAAUUGCGAGCUGGUGCUGGUAAUAAGUUUUGUCAAGGUGAAAUCUUUAAAUACUUGUACUAUUUAGAGUUUAGGUAAGUAAAGCAGAACAAGUGCUCAGACCGAGGAGUGUUAAUGUAAAUUGUUAAUGUCGAGCAGUGAAAUUGCUAAUCAACUUUCAGAGAGUUGUAAUUAUUUUCUAAUUAGCUGCAGCGUUCUUCAGUUUCUUUGGCCUUAGAAAAAAAAUAACUUUAAUCUCCUUGAAAUAGUUGAUGGAGCCACUCUGCAAAUGAAUUAUUUAGCAUGCCAGCGAUUUCCCUGUCAUACAGAUAUAUGGCUUGGCAGAAACAAUUAUUGUGCGAACAACCCCUGCAGCUAAUGCUGGAGAGGUUAUCAUUAUAUGAGCCUGUGGAAUCGGCCACCAGCGUCGUUUCCCUGCUCACUCUGCGAGCAGCGGGGACACCUGAGCCAUCACUUAGAUCACUUUAAGGAAGGCACUGGAAUUACAUGUCGAUGUUGAUGUCUCAGCCAACAGUGUCACAAUAUUUACUGUGAAAAGAUGUAAUUUUUUUUUCGUACUGUGACAACUGAAACACAAGAGAGGUCUCUGGAUGUAUAAAUCUCAUCAUGUAGGAGCUUAUAUUUUCUGACCUGUUGCCAUUCAUAUUUUAAACACUUUUUUUUUCUGCCGA